GCGGUGGUUUGGAGGACGUUUUGGCUGUUUGUGCUAUGUCUGUUGCAUAGAUCACAUUAUACAUGUGGUCAGUGGUCAAAAUGGCAUUUCUCUUACCCGGAUCUUUACAAUGUAACAUCAAUGAGUGAUGUAGACAUAGAGAGACGUGAGGCUGAACAAGAAAAUCGGUUGAAAGUUGAAAUUCGGCAAUGGUACAAAAUAGAGAAGAAGCCUAUAUAUCCAUUCAGAACACCGGAUAAAUGUUGGCAUGGAUAUGACGGAAUAGAUUCAAAAUUGCAAAUGGAAUUAGACAGGAUAUGCACUAUGCAGAAUGGAGGAGUCACAUCAUGUGCCCAGUGUGAAGCUAAUCCAGUUAGGACAUGCAGAUGUUACAACAUAUUCCAACAUGACUAUACAUCGAAUGAUGGAGGCUGUAUAAAUAAUUGUGGUCAGAUUAUACCAUGCGUGGGUGGAGUUGUACAAAAAGAAUACAUUCAUGAAAUCAAGGCGGCUACAUUAAACUCACUUAUUCGCAAAAACUGUGUUAUGUCAAGCUUACAAAAGGCCAUGGAUGGGCUUUGUGGUGAAGGGUUAAUUAUGCGUAUACACUCUGGUGAAUAUGGUUGCUAUCGCGAUGAUGAGGUCAGCUAUGAUAUAUAUUCGAUGUGUUUAGAUGAAUGCGGUAUAAAUGUACCUUGUAUGGGUUAUAAAAACGGCUUAAAUCCUAUACGUACAAUAAAUCCUAUGGCAGUAGAUUGGGAUCGCUACAAUAGGAAUUGCGUUUGUGUCGAGAGACUUAGUAGCUUUUCUAAGCGCGCAUAUGUUGGUUGUCUCUCAAAAACAGCCAGUGGAAAGAAAUGUAAAACAUGGGCAGAUGUAGAUGGACUUAUGUUAACAAGAUUACAUGGAACAUUCAUUCGCAACUAUUGUAGAGAACUAUCGACAUCUGGCAUACAAUGCUACAACGAAGAUAAUGUUUUAGAAGCAUGUACCACAACCGGGAAAGUGGCUGGUAAAGGUCCACUUGUGGAAGAUGAACCUACGUUAUUUGUACAACCAGGGGCUUUUUUUGACAUAUGGGUGAAACCCUAUAUACCUAACUACGAGAUUAAAGUAAAAUUUUUUGCUCCUAAUUCCGUUUGUGGAGAAGACGAAAUAGUCUUACCCCCUCUCAGCAGGCCUUUUGAUUACCAACCAUAUGAUGUUUACACAGGAAGGUGGUCCAUUCAUGCAGCUAACCAAUUCCGCAAUCCAUAUCCCUCCUUACGUGAGGAUUUUGAAUCAUAUUAUAUAAUUAAAGGUUUUAAGGCUCUAGGUAAUGCCCAUUCUAAGAUGAGGAUGUGCGGUUGCACCUAUUCAUCCAUUUAUCAAAACCAAUAUGCCAAUAAUCUUUGUACGCGUAGCGCGGAAUACAUUGUGGACCUUGGUGUUAUUGUCAUAAUGGGUUCACCGGUACCGGAAAAACCAAUCAAGCACAGCAGUGGUAUGGAUGCAGUUGUAAAUGUUCACUCCGUUGGCACUGCUGUCAUUUCCAUGAUUCACAUGGAUCAGUUAAACGCAAUUCUAAAUAAAGAUGGCGGGUCGGACUAUAUGGUCUCCAUAGAUGCACUAUUUGAGGUGGAAGAAAAAAACCGCCAGUAUACAAUGGACCCAAUGUACGAUGACAAUCCUGACUAUACGCCCUACGUCAAAACGCUUAUACCCAGGUCCACUAUUUACACAGGCAAUACAACCACCCUUACCAGUGUAUCUAAACCAGGAGUCUAUUUUGCUAUAUUUCAAGAAACAGACUCUGAAAUGGCUAGUCGACUUGAUUAUCCACCUAGAAAAAUAGUGGGUCAUCAUGUAUUCAUCGGUUUUGAGAAAAAUCUGGAAUUUAAAUUGGUGGGCAAAGAAAAUGAAACGCUUGGUUCUUUGACCCAAUCGCUUUUCAUUAGGAGCUGGAAUAUAACUGCUCCUCCUAUAGCGAUCAUUCUGUCCAAAAUUACAGAUGGGGAAGGAUGCUCAUCACCUUUUGGAUAUUCUGACUCCAUAUACUCAGUAUUGGGAAACGAAACGGAAGAAAUGGCGAAUUUGUGGAGAAUUGAAAGAAUAAACGUAAAUAAAGAACGGUGGAGUGAAGCCGAUAUUUUUGAUGUUUGCAUAUUCCGUGAAAAUGGAAGCACAAAAAAAUUAGGUAGUGGGAAAAAAAUUACAUAUGUGGAUCACGAGCUGAGUCAUCUGUAUCCAGGAUUAAAUGAAAUGCCAAACAACAUAUCCACCCAUGUAGUACAAGAUGAGUGGGAUAUAUUCCUAAUCCAUGGAAACACCGAGAGUGAUACGCCCUUCCAUCUGCCAUCACUUUAUUUUGCUAAUAAUAAAUCUCAACAUGAUUUGCUUUUAAAGUUUAUUGAAAAUAAGGAUUGCAAAUGUUCACAAAAUCGUACUGCUGAAGAACAGUAUUAUCCACAAGUGUUAAGUUUCUGGUGCCUAAAAGAGUCAAAUCGGGUUAUGAUUUUUGGCAUGACACCAACACGAGCUACUCCAACCUUCCUGGGUAAAUUUAUAGUAGAAAGACCGGUGGCAUUUGAACUUCUUGUUAAUUAUGAGUCAGUAACCGCAUUGGUAAUAUCUGAAGGGAAGAGUAAUGUCCUGCACUAUAAAGUAGGCAUGAGCAUAACUAGUGAUAACAUGUUACAUUUUGCACUGUCUCUUCUACCAUCAAAAUGCCCUAAACAUCGUUGUGUUAAAUUAGCUGCUGCUAGCGAUAUGAAGGUGAUAAACUACUCUUUAGAGUGUCGUCAGGAUUUCAUGGUCAUAGUUACAGAUGCUGGUGACAACUGCAUAAUUUUAAUGAAUUCUGAGCUAGGUGAAACAGAUAGAAUCUGCCAUAAACCUACAACAAUUUAUGAACAUAUUCAAGAACCAGGAAAAAUUGCUUGCACUAAAGUACCAGACUUGCCUUGUACAUCUUUAAAUGCCAAUAUCGCUCGUCAAGAGACAGUUAAUUGCUUUAUUACUCAGAAACGGUCUGGUGUGAUGUUAUGGAUAAUAGUGGAUCUUAGAAAUGAAACCAUGUCAUUAGAGGAUAUAUAUAGCGGUGAGCUCUACAACCCUUCUGAAGAACCAGGCACGUCAAGUCCCACUACCGCUAUACCAUUAUUAGUAUAUCCCGAUAGCAUAGAAACUGUUACUUAUGAUUCUAUCGACUUCGUCUAUCUUAUAGAAAGUGAGAAUUCGGUUAUUCGCACUUUCCUUAUUUACCAUCGUGAUGAGAGGAAGCAACUCGUAUAUUACGGUAAUUCCAAACCUGAUAAUGCACCAUAUAGUACGUAUCUUGGCAUUAAAGGUAUACAAAUGUCUAAGCGAGAAGAAAACUCCGCCGUAAAAGAUGAUUACCUUUUGUUGUUUCGUAGACCAGAGAGUCUUGGAUUCGGCAACCAAAUGGGUGGCUACGUGACGGUACUGAAUAUUCAGGAAACCAUCAGAGUUAGUGACUUCGAUUAUACAAUUCCACAUUGGAUCAUUGUCGGGACUGACCAUUAUAUUGAACCCACUAUUAAGUGCUCAACAUCACAUUUCAACGGUUUGACAAGGUACGAUCUAGAAGUAGUGUCAGAUCCGUGGCAUAGUAACACGGGGUCAUCAAAAUGUGUUGAAAUGGGUCCACCUCCUCGUGAACCACUGGAUGCCCUAGGUCCAGCAGAGGCGCCCUUGGAAUUGGUGGGUAACGCAGCAGUAAGAAACGCAAUCAGUGUAUCCCACGAUGGUAAACUUACAAUCAGCGUUCGUGACAUUAACCGAAUAACUGUCAGAAUUCGUAUAACAGCAGUCGGACCGAUUGAUGCGAAAUGCAUAUACAAAACACUUUCUUUAGCUUGUCCUGACGGUCAUUUCUUCCACAACGACAAGGUCACAAAGAAGAGAGGUUGUAAAGUAUGCCCUGUUGGUUAUUACAAUUCUAUUCUACUAAUAGAAAAAGAUUUGAUUAAAUGGGGAGAAUGUACACAAUGUCCUGAAAACGAAUCUACAAUUGACGUUGGAGCUGCAUCACCAAGCCAAUGUAUAUGCUCUCCAGGUUAUUACCUGGUUAAUGGCUCAAAACCUCGUUGCCAACCAUGUCCAGCAGGCACUUGGAAAAGUGUUGUUGGAGCUCAAGAAUGUACUGGAGGUGGAUGUUAUAAAAAUUCUGAUUCAGAUGUUAUCGGUAGCACAACAGAAGAAGGAAGAAAAUGCGCUUGUCGCCGUGGCUACUACUAUAGGCAUCUUGCUGGUUAUGCUAAAGAAUGCGUACCUUGUGAAGAAGGUUAUUUUUGUCCGGGAGGCUUCCAUGGCAAAAAACUUCCUUGUCCUGUAAAUAUGACCACACAUAUCGUACUUCCUACAAAGGAUGCUAGUGGUCAAUAUAAUAUGGCUAGCACCGUUAAUGAUUGUGUAUGUAAACCUGGAUUUCAACCUGCAAAAGUGGAAAGGAUAGAUGAUAUUACAACGGAGGAACACAAGCUAAUGUUGGAAGUGGAAACAGAACUUUUCUUGCAUGCCAUUGAAAAUGCUGACGUUUCCCGGCUAAUAUGCAUUCCUUGUCCUUACAAUACUUAUAAAGUCUUGAAGGGUGAUAGCACUUGCAUUCCGUGCCCACCCAAGACAUUUAGAGAUCCGAAUAACACAAACGAUAUACUCACAUGCAACAAAUGUGAGCCAGGAUACUUCGAAACAAAUGAUCCGUCAACACCAUGUGAAGAAUGUCCUCCAAACCACAUUUGUGUUGGAUCAGAUCCACUAGAUCCCGAAAUGAUGAAAUACAAAGGCAAAAAGACAAUGUGUCACAAAAACGCAAUCACAAUUCCACCAUAUGAUAAGAACAUUAAUAUGACUCACUGCCUAUGUAUACAAGGAUUUACAGUUUCUAAAGACCUUAGUUCAAACUGUGAAGCUGUGCCCAAAGGCACAUACAAGGAUGUAAUAGGUAACGUAGCACCUAUUGAUUGUCCUGAGGGAUCAUAUACUGCAGAACCUGGCGCAUCAUCAAAGAAGGAUUGUGUAUGCAAAAAAGGAAUGUAUUUUGAUCAAACCAAUAAAAGAUGUACGAUAUGUCCAGUGGGAAAAUAUUGUCUGGGUGGUCGAACGAAAAAUGAUGAACAUACGCCACCAACAGAUUGUGGUGAUAUUAAUUCUGUAACCAAGGAACCUGGAGCAUCGAGCCACACUGAUUGCCUUUGUAAACCAGGAUUUUACUUGAGACAUGAAGGUCAGAGUGGAUGUGUGGAAUGCCCCGAAAAUACAUUUAAAGAUCAUGUAUCUAAUGAAAGUUGUACAGAUUGUGACGAUCAUUCUUCUACCAACGGUAAAAUAGGAGCGAUAUCUAAAGAACAUUGUGUUUGUGCUCCAGGAUACUACUUCAAUGGGACAUGUCAAGCAUGUAGACAUCCAAAGAAGUACUGUCCAGGAGGGUCAACUAGAAGGGAUAUAAAGACAGGGGAAAUCAUGUACGAAACUAAAGCACCAGUUGAUUGUCCACCCAAUACUGAAAUACCUCCUGGAGUUGACACUGCAGACAGCGUAGAAAGUUGCAAAUGUGGGAAGGGAUUUGCACUAGCAAAAAACAAUGAAGUAAGAAUGAUAAAAUCGUGCGUCCCAUGUGAACCCGGGACGUACAAGAGCUCUGUGAUGGACUCCAGUUGCAAUGGUUUGUGUACUCAGAAUGCGACUAGCAAAGCUGGUGCGCACAGCCCAGCACAAUGCUACUGCCAACGUGGUUACUACUACCUGGCUGGUGGCAUUUGCGCACCUUGUGUAGAAGGAGCUCGAUGUGAUGGUGGUGUCGUGGAAGUUGAUGAGGUCGGCGCCGAUGCAGAUGGCAACGACGAUCAAGAUGACGACGUCGUCGUGCGCAGAACACAUAUCAACCCGGUACCCAUCGAAGGUUACUUUUUGGACAAAAUCAACCAAGAGUUGCGCAAGCCUGAUGACUGGCGUUUUAUCAUGUGUCCCAUCAAAGGCGCUUGUCUCGGAGAGAAGGGUUGUUCCGAGUCGAUGACAGCUUACCUAUGUGCCGAAUGUAAAACUGGUUAUACCAACAACUUUAAGAAGGGCACUCUCUGUACCAAGUGCCCCAAGACAAUGACCAACGUGGUUCUUACUAUUGCUUGGUACCUAGGUUUACUUCUGGUCAACAUUGUGAUGGCCUGCCUGAACGUUAGCGCCGGUUAUAACCGUCGUUCUAUCCACUCAGUCGUCAUCAAGAUUGCUCUCAACUACGGUAUUUGUAUGUCAGUGCUGAAUGUGAUCAACUUCGGCGACCUGGCGUUACCUGCAGAACUGAAAUCAUACACUCUACGAUGGUUUAAGGUUAUACAUCGUGAAAGUAGUGUUGUUCACACUUCGAUCGACUGUCUGCUUCAACAUUGGUUUGGUAUGACCCACGCCGUCUCCUUCUUCUAUAGCAUGUUGUUCAUUGCGUGCUUGCCCGUGAUAUUACUUGUGGUCGUUACAGUUCUGAUGUGGGUCAUCCUUGAGCUGUUCAAGAUCAAGAGGCAUCAUGUGACUCGUUCCAAGUUGGCCUUGCUCUACCAGUCAUCCCUGCAGGGUAUGCAUUACCUGGCAGAUCGACUUCGCGAUGAGUAUGCCAAUGAACGUUUAUUCCUGAUAUUCCGUUACAUCCCGCUACCUGGUGAAACCCGUUGGGUCAGGUUCAAGCACUUUUUGGAAGACAUGAUUCCGAUUUAUGUCACAGUGCUUUUCUCAGUCCAUGGCAACACUACAAGUCAAAUGUUAAGUCUGCUGGAUUGUACUUGUAUCCACUUGGGCCAGUCGGUGCCCAGCAAGUACAUGCUACGACCUGCUAUGAGCAUCAGGUGUUCCCUGGACCCGGGUAGUGCAUACUUCCCUUACCUUUUGCUGGGUCUCGGAGGUUUAAUCUUUUGGGGGUUCGGCAUUCCGUUCUUCUCAUAUAUUGUCCUGCUGGUGAACCGUAAGAAGCUGUACGCACCUGACGUGCGUAUGAAGUACGGUUUCUUGCACAAUGGUUACCAACAGGAAUACUGGUUCUGGGAGGCCAUCGUGUUCACACGUAAAAGUUUGGUCCUGGUGAUUGGCAGCAUUGUCAUCGUGCCCUCAGAGAAUACCAGUGCAUCUCGUAUGUGGAUGGCCCUUGCUGUCGCCGUGGUCUUCCUCAUCAUACAGCUUAUCUACAAGCCAUUCGACGAACGCGACUACUUUGUUCUCGGACGUCUCGAGAGCCACAGUAUGAUAUCAUGGACUAUGACUCUCAUUUUUUCGUUGUUUGCAAUUGAAGGUGAAUUUUCUGCUUACAAUAAUAUGUACCUCCUGAGUAUAACAUCAAUCAUUAACUUCUGCUUUAUCUCAGAGGUGGCUUUAGAAUUGGGAUUGGCAUAUUGUGAUAAUAUACGUUUCCGUAAGGAUCAAUGCAGUACUUCAAUCAUCAGCAAAAUUAAUCGCUCAUUGGCAGCCAUUUCAGAGAAGCGUAAAUCUCGUGAGCCACUGAUCGUUUUUAAUGAACUUAAUAGAACAAUUGAUUUGUGUGCACCAAAAUCAAAUCAAUGGUAUGUUUUUGACGAAAGGAAUAGAAGGCUAACAUAUUCGGAAAAGGUGUAUUUUACCCAUAUAGUAACUGAAGUGAUCAACUUUUCUAACAUUCACAUGAAGUUAGAUAUCAUCCCAACAGACUUCCCCGAGUUCAUAACAAGGCUUGCAUUUGCCGUAAACUUCCAUGAGUUGAACAAGAAAAGAGCUGAUGACAUCGUCCGCUCACUUGCUGAUGGUAACCUUGAUGAAAUAGUUAAUUUGGUCAUGUUUGAAGCUAGACAACCAAAACGUAGACUGUCAAGCCUACAAAGCUUUGCUUCCAACAUUAACAAUGAAGAUGAUGAACAUAUUGUACCUCCUGGGCUACUGUUCGAUAAGGAGGUCAUCAACGAAGGAAUCCCCCUAUCUGACUUCUACAUGGCACUAUCUAUUAUAAAAAUGAAAGAUAUAUAUAAUGUUGUUAAAACAUAUGCAGCAUUCAAGGUUUUGCGAAUAAAUGCGGACCGAGAAGAAGUCCAGGAACAAUAUGAGAAACUAGAGCAAAUGAAAGACUUACUACGUCGAAUACGUGAUCCAGAUAAUAAGACAUUAGAAGAAAUAUUCUGCUCCGAUGAAGAUAUUGAAAAGGAGAGACGUGAUGUAGAAGAACUCGAAAGAAAGUUAGAGUUGUUGAAGAAUGACCCCUUAGGGGCAUUGGAAGAAUUUGGCGAUGAUACCUUUGAUACUCAAAUAGUACAAGUAGGCUUUCGUAAAAAUCCCAAUAUACGCAACUACUCGCCUUAAUAACGCAGAGAAAACUUUGAUGCGUGCCAA